UAGCCCGGAGCUCCGGCUGGAGGAGAGAAAUCACUACCCCCAGAGCCAAGAAGACACCGGAGAGAGGCUGGAUUUAAAACCCGCCCUCCGGAGGGAUCUCGUUUCCCCCAAAAACCUCCCAUUUUUUUUCUCUCUCUCUCUCUUUCACUCACUCUUCUCUCUCUCUCUUUCCCUCUUUCCCUCUCUCGUCCCUCUCUCUUCCUUUACCUUUAUCCCUCGCUUUUCGCCGUUUCCCCCACCACAAUCAUGGAUCUCACGGCGAGAUGGUUGUUUCUUCUGUCCUGUCUCGGCGUGAUAUUGGCGAUCGAUUUGGAAGCGAUUGAUCCCGGCUACUAUGUGGAGCCCACUGCCACAUCAGAGGCGAUCGACUAUAAGGAUCCCUGUAAAGCUGCUGCCUUUCUGGGUGACAUCGCUUUGGAUGAGGAGGACCUGCGGUCGUUUAAAGUGGACAGAAUAAUAGAUUUGGCCCAGAGAACUGUCCAGAUGGUCAAUCACACAGAUACAGGAUCAACCAAUCAGAGUAGCCAAAAUAGGCAAGGCUCACGUCGCAGGAAAAGAGCCGCCACCUCCAGACCUGAGCGUGUUUGGCCUGAAGGUGUCAUCCCCUAUGUCAUCAGUGGUAACUUCAGUGGGAGCCAGCGAGCCAUAUUCCGCCAAGCCAUGCGGCACUGGGAGAAGCACACCUGUGUGACCUUUAUUGAGAGGACGCAGGAGGAGAGCUAUAUUGUCUUCACCUACCGACCAUGUGGGUGCUGUUCCUAUGUGGGUCGCCGUGGAGGAGGCCCCCAGGCCAUAUCCAUCGGGAAAAACUGUGACAAGUUUGGCAUUGUGGUGCACGAGCUGGGUCAUGUGAUUGGCUUCUGGCACGAACACACGCGGCCCGAUCGAGACGAACAUGUCAGCAUUAUCAGGGACAACAUUCAACCAGGACAAGAGUAUAACUUCUUGAAGAUGGAGCCAGGGGAGGUGGACUCUUUGGGAGAAGUCUAUGACUUUGACAGUAUCAUGCACUAUGCCAGGAAUACAUUCUCCAGAGGCAUCUUCCUGGACACCAUCCUGCCACGCUAUGAUGUGAACGGAGUGCGACCACCCAUUGGCCAGAGAACCAGACUGAGCAAAGGGGAUAUCGCACAGGCACGCAAACUCUACAAAUGCUCCAGAUGUGGGGACAGUCUGCAGGACAGCAGCGGGAACUUCUCCUCUCCUGGCUUCCCCAAUGGAUACUCAGCCUACAUGCACUGCAUCUGGAGAAUAUCAGUCACGCCAGGGGAAAAGAUCAUUCUGAAUUUCACCUCCAUGGAUCUGUACAGGAGUCACUUGUGCUGGUAUGACCAUGUCGAGAUCCGAGAUGGAUACUGGAGGAAGGCACCACUCAAAGGUCGUUUCUGCGGUGAUAAACUGCCUGAGCCAAUCGUCUCCACCGACAGCCGUCUGUGGAUUGAGUUCCGCAGCAGCAGUAACUGGGUGGGAAAAGGUUUCUCCGCCGUUUACGAGGCCAUCUGUGGUGGAGAGGUGAAGAAGGACAAUGGCCAGAUCCAGUCCCCCAACUACCCUGAUGACUACAGGCCUAAUAAAGUGUGCGUGUGGAAGAUUUCUGUAGCUCAGGGCUACCACGUAGGCCUUACCUUCCAGUCUUUUGAGAUUGAGAGACAUGAUAGCUGUGCCUAUGACUACCUGGAGGUGCGUGAUGGGAACUCUGAAAAUAGCCCUCUGCUGGGCCGCUUCUGUGGCUAUGACAAACCAGAUGACAUCAAAACCAGCUCCAACCACCUGUGGAUGAAAUUUGUUUCAGAUGGCUCUGUCAACAAGGCUGGCUUUGCUGCCAACUUCUUCAAAGAGAUGGAUGAGUGCUCCAAGCCGGACAACGGUCGCUGUGAGCAACGCUGUGUCAACACACUAGGCAGCUACAAGUGUGCCUGUGACCCAGGCUAUGAGCUGGCUGCUGACAAGCGCAGCUGUGAGGCUGCCUGUGGAGGCUUCAUCACCAAGCUGAAUGGGUCAAUCACCAGUCCGGGUUGGCCCAGAGAGUACCCACCAAACAAGAACUGCAUCUGGCAGCUGGUUGCCCCCACGCAGUACCGCAUCACUCUGCUCUUUGACGUCUUUGAGACUGAGGGCAAUGACGUUUGUAAGUAUGACUACGUGGAGGUGCGCAGCGGGCUUUCAGCGGACUCAAGGCUGCAUGGGAAGUUCUGUGGAGCAGAGAAACCAGAAGCCAUUACCUCUCAGUACAACAACAUGCGAAUUGAGUUCAAAUCAGACAAUACUGUGUCCAAAAAGGGCUUUAAAGCUCAGUUCUUCUCAGGUGAGCUCCCUGGCAGCGUUGAAUCACAAUAUCACAAGUCUUUUGUUUCAGCCACUCUCUGUCAGCCCUCAAAGGGAACAGUCACCAAAGUUGUCUUCUGUGCUUCCUCAGACAAAGAUGAGUGCUCUAAGGAGAACGGCGGCUGUCAGCACGAGUGUGUCAACACCUUUGGGAGCUACAGCUGUCAGUGCAGGAGUGGCUUUGUGCUGCACGAGAAUAAACACGACUGUAAAGAAGCUGGCUGUGAUCACACUGUGAAUAGUGUGAGUGGUAUCAUCACCAGCCCCAAUUGGCCGGAUAAAUACCCCAGUAAGAAGGCAUGCACCUGGGCACUCACCACCACUCCAGGCCACCGCAUUAAAAUCGCCUUCAAUGAGAUUGAUGUGGAGGCCCACUUGGAGUGUACUUAUGACCACAUUGAGAUUUACGAUGGGCGUGAUGGAAAAGCGCCAAGUCUGGGUCGCUUCUGUGGCACCAAGAAGCCCCAACCCAUCAUAUCCAGUGGCAACAAGCUGUUCAUUCGCUUUUUCUCUGAUAAUUCUGUGCAGAAGAAAGGCUUUGAGGCUUCCCACACUGCAGAAUGUGGAGGUCAUCUAAAGGCUGAGGUCAAAACCAAGGACCUGUUCUCCCAUGCCCAGUUUGGGGACAAUAAUUACCCCGGAGCCUCUGACUGUGAGUGGGUGAUCUCGGCGGAGAAAGGCUACGGCGUGGAGCUCAUCUUCCAGACCUUUGAGAUCGAGGAGGAGGCGGACUGUGGCUAUGACUACAUGGAGCUCUUUGAUGGCGAUGACACCAAGUCUCCACGGCUGGGACGUUACUGUGGCUCAGGGCCUCCAGAGGAGAUCUACUCAGCCGGUGACUCCAUUGUGAUCAAGUUCCGCUCUGACGAUACUAUCAACAAAAAAGGAUUUCACGUCCGCUACACUAGCACCAAGUUCCAGGACACACUGCACUCACGCAAGUGACCAGCGGGGGCCGGAAGGGGCCGUGCGGGGCAAAGGGGCACACGGAGGGGCCCCCAGGGGAGGCGCCAGCCUGACGCUCGGAAACCUUCGGCCACCAAGAUGAAUCAGACACGACAGAACAGCCGCAAGACCACCAACCGCACCUCAGCUCCUAGGGGCUCUAGCUCCCCCCACAGACUGUGAGGAGUAAAGCCAUUCUGCAGUACACCUUGUUUUUACCUUUUUAUGGUUAGGAUCGGGGUGGGAGGGUGAACGUCCGCUUCAGGCGGACAGUAGGGGAAAAUUUAUUGACCCAGUCCCCUCCAGAUAUUUUUUUCAUUUGUUUCUGUUUUGUUUUUUUGUUUUUUUAACAUGCCUCCUAAUAAGAGGCACAAAGGAAAACAGUGGAUUCUCAGGACCUGCAGGAAGGCAGGCAUCAGCUGGACAGAUCCCUGCUUUUGUCGGGCCAGCCCACCACAUCCGGGGGGGAGAAGAGGAAGAGGAGGAGGAGUAUGGGAAGGUCUCCUGCACUCCUCAGUAAUUGCUCUUCUCUCCUCACACUCUCAUCCCUUUGGUUCAAGGAUUCCUAUCCGUAAAAGGAUUAGAAGGACUUGACUUGAGAUUUUGAUACUGUAUGUCAGUCAAUUGCAUGUAAUUACAAGGAAAGAAGGAAAAUUGUACAGCGACAACACCAGCAUUUGUAAUUGGCAUUGUCCUGGCAACCAGUGGCAAGAUUCUUGUUGUUACCAUUAACAAGGAAAUUAAGGAAGCAGUCAUCUUAUUAAAGGACUAAUAAAUGAAAUGUGGUCCAUGUCUUCUGGUUGGUAAUUGCUUGCCUGAUGACUGGCUAUUACUGUACCUCCAUGUGUAAAGUAAUGUGUAUGAUCUUUCAAAGGGAACAUGUGCUUUUCUCAGCUCGAACCAGUUAGCACUUUACAGUGAAUUGUUCCAAAAUCAUGAGCUUAUGAAUUUUUGUGAAAUGCAAUGCCAGUUCACUUAUUUUUAAAUGCAUUUUAUCUCUCUUAUUCUUCAUUGUUUUUUUUUUUUUAAUUGCUCCAUUUAGUUCCUCAGGCAUACUUGAACAUUGUGUGUGCCCUGUAACAUGGGGUAAUAAAGAUAUGACUUAUGUUUCAGUGUUGAUUUACAGUUCUGAUGUAAAAUAAUUUCUCUCCAGAGAAAAUGCCUUUUCUUGGUACAAUGAAGUAUUUCUCAAGAACCAAAUGAGCCUGGGUAUUUAUUGUUAUAGUAAUUACAUAUAUGAUGUAAAGGUGGAAAGGUACUGUUGAAAUUAGCCCUAUAAAUUGCCUUCUAAUGUAUAGCCAUGGGUCUAUGUUGAAUAUACUAUGUUGCUCACUCAUUCCUUUUCUCCAUUUAUUUCUCAUUCAACACAAUGGGAAUAAUGUUGUGGGACACUGCAGCGGUCUGACACAUCUGCCUGAUGUCUGACCUUUGUUCUCAGUAUUAAUUGAUCACGUCAAACCUAAUUUAUGCCAUAUAAGUUAAACCAUGUGCUGCAUUGCAUUGACUGAGUCGCUGUUCGAGU